AUGGAAGAUGCCUCAUUCGUAUAUUCUCAAGCCGUGACCCGUGCUCGCGCUCGAAAGAAUCGAAGAGGGAACGGAAGACACGAGCCGCCCCUGCUGAUAGAUCUCGUAGAUCGGUGCAAAGCGGAUAUUGGAUCCAACGGCUGGAUAACCACUUGUCUAGGUUGGGGAGCAGGCUCGCAUCCUCUGAGUCUGGUCCAAGAUGCCCUGCAGAAGACUAAUAUAUCAUAUCCCGAUGUGUUAUGCCUUGGUCUGGGGAGUCCCUCGACAUCGCGUGAGGCUCGAGCGCAACUUGCUUUCCUCAUCAGCUUAUGUGACAGUUUGCAAAUAGGUCCAUCGAAUGUGUCCGUAUAUGAUCCAGUGUUUACGGAUGCAGAUAAGGCACUUUUCCAGAGCUUCGGGAUGCGAUGUUUGCCAGACACAGCAAGUCUUUUUUAUCUGAUAUGUAUGGCUGAUGGAAAGCAUGCGGUAGACCGUCCAACAAUACUGUAUAUGCCUCAUUGUGACCUGAAGCUGUACGAGAACAUUAUUGGCGCCAAUUGGACAGAAGAGGAGCUGGGGCGCAUGAUAUUUGUCGCGAACCGGUUCAGUGAUUACACGGACAAGUACGUUUGA